AUGUCAUCAUCAAUAACAGGAAGUGAGAAAUAUAACGGUGGACCGCGAAGUAGUCCGGUCCUUUCAGAGUUUGAUACCGAAUAUGCCUGUUCUGAUCAUGCUAUGGUGAGCCAUGUGGUACAAACUGCGGUACGCAAUUAUUUUUCGGCAUCAUGCACCAAUCCAACCCAUAUGACUAUCUGUAUUGAUUUCACCGAAGGUGCACCGACACCAAAUAACUCUACACCUACCGUUCGAUAUCAGGCACCAUUGGUACAAAUCAAUGUUGAGCGAAAAUUUGAUCCCAACGUUGCAACCGCUGCUGCUACGAAAGAUACCAAAUUAUCAGCAACCGCAUCAACAACAGAAAAAGUCGAUCGAGGAAAGAUGGAAACAAGAAGAGAAAAUUCGUUAUUGAAUGCUGCCAAAAAAUUAUCCGUAUUCACUAUCAAAGAGGAAAAAGAUGAGGAUGUAAAACCGGUAAAAGCAGUAAUUGAGAUAUUGAAGCCAAAAAUACCAUUGCAAAGAGUAUGUAAUCUGAAAUGUGAUGAAAAGAAAAUAGCUGAAAAGAAAGUAUUCGAAUAUUUACCUGUUAUCUAUAAGAAAUUUAUGAGUGAAGAAAUGUUCACGGAAUGGCGAAAGAAAUAUGACGAAGACAAACGUAUACUUUACUCCGAUCAACAAGCAACAGCAAAAGAUAGUUCGAGCAGUCUUGUGACAGCUUGUUCGAAUGUAAGCAUAUCAUUUCACGAUACGGGAAUGAUAACGAUGGAUGAAAGGACGAGUGGAUGGGAGGAAGCUGCUGGCAUUCUCGGUUUUGAUUCGCCUGAUAAUAGAGGAAAUACGAACAAAGCUGUUCAAAUACGUGGAAAUUUGCCCAAUACAUUGUAG